AUGUCCUGGCCCCAGCGGCAAAGCCAGGGCCUACCGGCCCCUCGAAGAACUCAAGACUGGGCGGCCAUGAGCAUCCAGUAAGCACCCAUGUUCCAAGGUCCCACUGCUGCUGAUUGCAAUCCGGUCGCGGUUGAUCGCAGGAGAAAUCAACUUAUCAAGUUGUCAAUUCAUAUCAAGAGGUACAGAAUAAGACCCACUGGUGUCCCGGCAGCUGAGUGCGGUGCGGAACCACUUGGAUGGACGGCCACAUUCUCCAGAAUCGGGGCAGAUCCGAGGGAUCUCAGAACAAGCCACGUCAAGGCAACAGCCAUGAGGAAAUUAAAAUCAAUCCCAAACUGA